AUGAAGCCGGUGGAGACGGUGUGUUUUUCUGUUCUGUGUGCAGGUGUUGCCAGUCAGGCAUGGAGGCAGUUUAGUUUUAAAACUGGAGCAUCUGUCACCAUCCCGUGUCAUUAUGAUAGGACAUAUAUACAACAUAAGAAAUACUGGUGCUAUGACGCUUCUGAAGCAUACAAUUACUGCAAAAUUCAGGCAUAUGCCAAUGAGACACAGGGGAAAGUGACAGUGACUGAUAACCCAGCUGAGAGUCUCUUUACUGUGACUAUGAAUAAUCUCCAGACAGAAAACACUGGAACGUACUGGUGUGCUGUAGAGAUAAGUGGAAUAUUCUAUCCAGAUGUUACAGAAAAACUUCAUAUCACAGUGAAAUCAGAUCCUGAUCUGUCUGUGAUGGAGAGCAGAGUGAGUGGUGAGGAAGGAGGCAGCGUCACAGUCCAGUGUCUCUACAGCGCUGCGUAUCAGAAUACACAGAAGCAGUGGUGCAGAUUUAUAGACAAGGUGUGCCACACAUUUAGGAGGACUGCCACAUUCCAGAAGUCAGCAGUGAACCUCAGUGAUGAUGCGAGAAGAUCCUUCAGUGUGCAGAUGAGUGGACUGAAGAAGAGUGAUGCUGGCUGGUACUGGUGCAGUGCAGGAGAUCUGCAGGUUCCUGUUCACAUCAGUGUCGGUGAUCCACCUCCAGUUGUGACUACAGGACUGACUACAGCCACUCACCAUGUCAGUACUUACACUGAGCAUGAGACCCCGAUCUACUGGUACCUGGUGGCCGUUAUUUUGCUACUGGUCAUACUGGUCAUCAUCGUCUGCGUGCUAAGAAGGAAGUACACAGAGAAUCAAAUCAGGACCAGAGACAGGAGCAAUGACACCACAGUUCACACAGCUGAGAGUGAGGGAUCAUACAGCUCAAUUGCUUUCAAGUCAAGAAAGAAGAAAUCAGAACAAAGGAACCUGGAGCAGUGCACUUUUACAGCUGAAGACUCUGUUAUAUACAGCUCUGUGGCUGUUUCAAAGCCAGAGGCUUCAGCAUCAACAGAUAAUGAGCAGGACGUGACCUACAGCUUUGUAAAAAUCGCUUCCAAGAAUAAAACUAAGUCUCCAAAAGAUGUUGGUGAUGAGACAAUCUACAGCAGUGUGGUUUGCUAGUAAUAGAUGUGUGAUUAAAAAAAAAAUCUCUGUGUCUCUCACACUCUACACACACACACACACACACACACACACAGUGCUGUGAAAAUGUAUUUGCCCCAUCCUGAUUUCUUCUAUUUUUGUGUAUCUUAUACUAAAUUGUUUCAGAAAUGUUUUGUUUGAAAUGUACUGGGUACCAUAUCUAUAGGAAAGAAAAAUGUAAUAGUGAUGUCAUUUAAUUGUUCAUAAUAAUGUGCACCAGCGGUGGGAAGUAACGUACUACAUGUACUACGGUUACAGUACUUAAGUACAUUAUUCACUGUAAUGACACUUUUUUUAUUCUAAUUAAAUGAAAGUACUUAAUGAUACUGUGAAGUACAUUUACUUGAGGUUUUUUAUCUUCUUUAUUUUUGCACAAAUAAAACGUACAAAAUAUAAAAUGUAAAAGUUCUAUUUCAAAGCCCAAUCAAAAUAAAGCCAUUUCCUGCUGAAAGUCUAUGACACGUAAACUGUGACUAGCCGUGAGUAUGUUCUUCUUCCUUUUCUUCAGGACUGCAGGGUGGUUUCUUUCAGAACUAGUGAGGUUUUCCUGUUUGCUCAGUUCUUUGCUCAGUAUUAAUAGGAACGUUCUCACCUCAUGCCCAUGAUCACACCCUUACAUGUGUAGCCUUUAAAGGACCCCACUACAUUACUUCCCUCCUCACUGAUCGCACUGAAUCUGUUACAGUCUGGCUUCAUGGCUGCCUUGGCAAAAUUAAAAUUAGAUUCUCCACCUGGA